GUGCAGGCCACGAAUUUCAGAGCUCCUUGAAUUCUUUUUACAUAGAUUGACUGGGAAAGAAUAAGUAAGGAUCCAAAAUCAAUGGUUGCCUCAUCUGCAAGAUGGAAGGCAGGAAAAGGGCACACUCCGAUGCGGGUGAAAGUGCGAGUAGUUCACCACCACACGACAGUGACACUGAAAAGUCAACAACUACGUUAGAGCGUUCAUUUCCAAAUAGCACUUCCAAAUGGAGGCGAUCUGAUAUAGACAAAUUGGGAAUAAAACUCUUGUACAGGGCUUUCGCGAUGGAUGUUGUAUAUGAAUGGGGGCUAUAUACAAUGUUUAGAAAGGAUGUAGUUUCAGAAGAAUUGAAUACUGUGGAGGAAAUUUUACAUGUGUGUAAUUCAAUUGAAGCGAAUUUCACAUCGUUUGAAGAAUUACAGAGAAAGUUUAUUGGAAAUUCCGUGAUAUGUAAUGAAUUCGUUCCAAGAGAAAAGAUCCCUGAUGGAAUUGGAUUAUGUUCAGGACGAUUUGAGGAGUUUCAACAAAAAUUGGAACUUGUUUUAAGAGAGGGAAUUGAAGUGAAUGCUUCUGUCUCAGAAUCCAACUUUCAAACAUUAUUUGAGGACUUUCUCAAAAUAUGUGGCAUAAUCACCAGGCACCAACCUGAUAUUGCUGUAAAGAAGAUGAAGGUCAAGGGUGAAAUUGUUUCUUCAGCACCAGAUAUAUUAUGCUAUGGUUUGGAGGGGAAAGUUUUAUGUGUUGUAAAGGUUAAAAAGAACAUAAAAGGUGAAGAUACCUAUGGCAGUCCUGUAAUCAAGAAAACAUGCCAUGCAUCUUCUGAAGUAGAUCCCUGCCUACCAGAUGCCCUUCUUGCUCAACAAAUAGGAGAACUGUUAGCCUAUCUUGACAAAUCAGUUACACAUAUGGAUCUCUGUGGAAGUGUUGGUAGAGAUAUUCUUGGAUUUACGGUUGAAAAAACAAAAGUGACUGUUACACAUCUACAGUUAACUGAACUCAGCUGGGAAAAAAUUCAAAAUACCACCAGAAAGGGAUCACUUAAGCAUAUGGAGAAACCAGUUCUUCACUACAGUCGACGAUAUGAUUUUUUGAAAAAAUCGGAACGCCAAGAAUUGUUUAAGGUUAUUCUCCAUAUAAAAUUAAUGGAUUUUGUUCAUGAAAAAGUAGCAAGGCAGAGAAAAACUAAGGGGACAACUAACAUCCUGUCUUAGAAGAAAAUUUGACAAAUCACCAUCAUUAAUGCUGUAUUGAAAUAAAACAAGAUGUAUUUUAGCUCAUCUGAACCAAAUCUUCAAAGACCUAUUCUAGGGCCAUUUGUGCAGUGUGCAUGAAUGCAUGAACUUUUUGGAAUACUGGCCAUAUCUCAAGAACCUUUUCAUCAAUAUUUGUCAAAUUUAUCACAGAGUGUCCUUUGCCCAAGGUCUUUAAUUUAUACCUAAUAAGGAUGUGACCAUUAAACGGGGAAGAUAAUUAUGGCAAAAAAGGGGGGCUUCUAAUACAUUGUCUCAAGAACCACUUGGCAGAUUAUCAUCGAACUUGCAAUUGAGGAUGAAGAUAUGUUUUACAUUAAAAUUGUUUAAAGCAUCACCCUUGGGCAAAGGGCAUGGUCUCAAGGUCACUUCAAGGUUGACCUCAAUUUUGUUUUGUUAAAAAUUUCAUAUUUCGUCUACUAUAAAGACUAUAAUCAACAAAUAUUGUCUGUUGACGCAUCUUGGAACCUCAUGUUGACUUACUGUGUCAUAGUGAUCUAUUUUUCAGCUAACUUGAGCUGAAAGCUGAAUUGAGCUCUUUUGUUAAAAAUUGUCCAUUGUCUGUUGUCUUUGGCAUCAGCAUUGCCAUAAACUUUUCACAUUUUGAUCUUCUUUCCUUGAACCACUGGACAAAUUUCCACCAAACUCUGGUGAAGAAAAUUCAAGUUUGUUCAAAUGAAGAUAGUUUAAGAUGAAAUACUUUUGGAAUUUUCUGGCUAUAUUUAAAUAUAUCAUACUGUAAACCAAUUAUUAUACGCGUCAUUUUUUAUUCGCGACUGACCGCUGGAGAACUAAUCCGCGACGAUUUAUUUCCGCGAACAAGUGGUCAUUUUUUUUUUAUUUCCACAAGUAUUUUAUUUUUUGCAUCAAAAUUUCAUAUCCGCUCAUAAACUAGGUAAAAUGCUACCGUAAGUACUGCUUAUCUAUUAUUUAAGACAUUCUGUGGAUUGCGUCUAUUUAAAAUCUUAUAUCCGCACCUAAAGUAGGUAAAAUGUUACCAUGAGUAUACUUCUUACGCAUUAUUCACGACGCUCGAAUGAAAAUCGGUUAAAAAAAAUCAAGGAGAUUUAAGUUGGUUUAAAACUCUCAAGUGUAAAAGUACCUCGUGCUAAUUGGGUAAUUGAUGCUUUAUAAGAUCUACAUAGCCAAAGGGCAAUUAUUAUAAAUGGUUGGGACGGAGCAGGACUGGGCCAUAAUUAGUUGUAAUUAACCAGGCUAUCUCCCACUCGUCCGCCUGUGUGACAAUAAAUGAACAAUAAUAACACAAGCUGAAAUAUUUAUUGACAUUUUAAUCGUUUUAGACAAAUAUUUUUAGAUUUUCCAUUCGUUUAUAUAUUUUUUCUGAAUGUUUGUAAUAAAACUUCAACUGCUUCUAGAACACUAAAAUUCUUCCGUGAUUACUUAUUGAACCGUCGGGAUCAGUACUCAAAAAAGGGCAAAUAACUCUAAUCAUAACAUGGGAAAAUGAACAACUGGUUCGCGACGAUAAAUAUCCGCGAGCAGAGGUUACUCGCGGAACUCGCGAAUAUUUAUCGCACGCGUAUAAUACUUGGUUUAAAGUAUACUGAUUGUCUUACAAUCAUCAAAUUUUGUUACUUGAUGCAUCUUAAGAACUUGGAGUAUGUUCACUGAAAAGUAGGUCAUGGUGACAUAGUUAUGAAAUGAUAUUAGCUAAUUUUCUUUUUCAUUUGAUGCAUUUGAAGUCUGUGGAGUAUUUCAACCAAAGAGUAGGUCUGGGUGACCUAUGUUUGAAAAUUUGAGGUUGUAUUUAGAUAUUUCAGAUAUCACCUGUAUCUGAAGUAAUUUGUAUUAAUUUCCUGACCCGAAAUUUUGGAACUUAUGUAAAGGUUUUGUACAUAAUAUAGAUUGUAAAUUGUUCAAAUCAUAGUUCCCUGGGGUAGGUUUGGAUCACAAUAUACUGUAUAGGGGGAAAAUAACUUGCGGUGUUAAUAUUCGCUAUUUUCACGGUGUUGAUAAAUCCGUGAAUUCAAGAAACAGUGAAUAAAUUUUCAAUAAUC